CAUGGAUCAGUUCAUAAAGAGUCGUCGGAGGCGGAGGUGCAUUAUAAUCCUUGGACUCCGUGUACUCUUGGCGUAUAAAUGCGGUUGUUCGUAGUGCUCUUAUGGGUGCUGGUACUGCACCAGACAUUGGCCGAUAUUCCCGAUUGCGACGACCUUGAUACUGUGGAACUCUCGGCCAGCCAGAGGCUUCCCAAUGGUUCGUAUAUCUACGAGGGUAUCCUCAUUCCCGAACGGUUAACGGGGGAAUAUGACUCCAGACCUUUACCGGACGACUCCAAGGAGUCGGUGAACAGGCGGCACUGGCGGGGAUGUGUCUGCAAGUUGAAGUCAUGUGUCCGGUUCUGUUGCCGUCACGAUCAGAUAAUGAAGAACGGUGAAUGCACUGAUACCAAGGAGAAGGAGCUGGCCCAGAUCGAUCCCUACUUAAAUGUGACCAACGCCAACGGUUUGGAGGUGAAGAGACACUUCCGCACCGAUCUAAUUCUCCAGACGGAUUUUCACAUUCCCUGUAGUAGUAGCAACCUGUACCCUCUCGACAACAGGGUGGAGGGCAAUAACUACACACUGUAUGAGAACGGAACCAUCCAUCGACAUAUGGACGGCGUACAGAUGAACAAGAGCGAGUACUGCAUUCAGCACAAUCAGCUCGAUGACAAGGAUCCUCAGUCCCGCAUCGUACCCCACUACUGUGUGCAAGAUGAGCCAAAGACGGCACAGACAGUGGUGAUGAUAAUAUCUCUGAUAUGCAUGAUCCUUACUAUCGGCGUGUACAUGUGCGUUAAGAAGCUGCACCGCAAUCUGCAAGGAAAGAGCUUCAUCUGCUACAUGUUUUGCUUGUUCAUGGGGUUCCUUAUCCUGCUACUGGACUUGUGGAAGUUAACGGACGCGAUCUGUUUCACGGCAGGUUACUUGGGCUAUUUCUUCGUUAUGGCCGCCUUCUUCUGGCUCUCCGUUAUCAGCUUUCACCUGUGGAAGGAGUUAGGCGGUAACUCCAGCUCCCACAAUCGGUUCCUGCCAAAUAACCUAUUCCUGGCCUUCAACGGAUACGCCUUUGGCAUGGCGGCGAUCCUGACCUUAAUCAUUUUUAUAUUAGAUGCGUUUGUAGCUAAAGAGGAUAACCUAGACUGGAUGCCUCUCGUGGGCUAUUACACCUGCUGGAUCAAUGCUGUGGACUCGUCCGCCAUGCUUUAUUUCUAUGGACCCAUGUUGGUGCUGAUCGCCUUCAACAUGACCAUGUUCAUCCUGACGGCCAUUCGCAUCGUGGCGGUGAAGAAGGAGCUGACGAAGUUCGCACAGCGUCAGGAGCGGACGAAGAAGCUCAACUCGGAAAAACAGACUUACAUAUUCUUUCUGCGCCUCUUUGUUAUCAUGGGCAUGUCGUGGAGCCUUGAGAUAAUCUCCUAUUUGGUGCGGAACAACGAAUUCUGGAAGACGGUUUUCACAGCGGCUGACAUUUUGAACUGGUCCCAGGGCACAGUAAUAUUUGUGCUGUUUGUACUGAAGCGCAGCACUUUAAAACACUGCAUGGAUCGGCCGGUGAAACAGAAUAAGUUUAGCGGUUGCAGCAUAAAGUCAUGCACAGGUGGAAGUUCGACUAACCGAUAUACCUAUAAGCUCAACUCGAUCCAGGUGGCACACUCAAUAGGUAAACAAUCGGAAAUGCAAGUUGAAUCCUUAUGGGAAAAACCAGAAAAAUAAGGAGGCACGGGUAACGACCAAGUAAGAUCAGCCAAAGACUUGUACGAGAAUCUCUUAACUAUGUUCAAGUACCUCUUAAGUAUACAUCUCUAUUUACAUACUCGAGUUUUAUAAACAGACUUACUGUAGAGAUAAGCCACCGAAGAAAAUUGCCUUUUAUAAUGUAACUAAUACAAAUAAUAUUAUUCUAAA